CUCUCAGUUUCUCUCUGGUGUUAGGUUAUAGCAGUGUAUAGCGCUAUCGCAUGUUAUAUGUACGAUUCUCUAUUAACGUGAUUAAAAAUAAAUCCAGUUCACAGACACGAUGAAUAAACUUGUACAAAGAUUAAUAAAGGAUUCAUUAAUAAAACGAAAUUGGAUUGUCCUGUCCAAUUAUAGUACGACGAGCCAUGUAAACUUUUCACCAGAUAUCCUAGCUAGUAGAAGGUUUGAUGACAGUUUCGAAAAAGGUAGAGAAACUCUUCUUACUUCAGAGAGAGAAAUCACAAAUUUUAUCAAAAGGAUGGAAAAGAAUUAUAUGUACAUGGGCAGGGAGGAAGUAAUUCGAGCUUUAGAUACUGUACAUAAGUCCGUUCAUAGUCAGUCGAUAAAACUAGAUCUGACAAACAUUCAGGGAUUUGAACAUAUGUGUAAUGUGAUACAGAAGGAGGCAAGAUUUUUGAAUAUGUACGAUACUGUACGUUUGUUACGUAUUCUAACGUUCUUCAAGAUCCCAUCACAGACUUCAUUAGUUACCACAUUACUUCAAUUACUGUCCACUUCUAUGAGCAAACUAACUAUUGGACAGUUAAUGGUAGUACACGGUAUAUUGCAAAACAUGUCAAAUGCUCCUAAUAUCAAUUAUUUAAAAAGGACUGCCGUCAAAAUUUUUACUGAGAAAGUUGAAACUGGAAUUAAUUCAGAGACUCCCAAUUUAUUGAAACUGCUCAAAUUCUGUGUGAUUAUCAGAAACGAAUCAUCAAUACGGCAGAUCAUUAGUAUCCUAGUUCGUGAUAAAAAUAAAAUGAACGCAGACUAUAUAGUAGACAUUUACCAUGCAAUAUGUGUUCUACCAGAAUUAUCUCCAGCUGAUACAAGGUUGCUGUUUAUUUUAAACAAUAUGAUAUUAAAUAAUGCCAAGCUUUUAAAAAUACAGGAUGUUGUGGAUUUACUUACUUACAUGGUUAAUAAAAUCGAGAAUUCGCAAACAGAAUUCUACAAUGAGGAUGCCAUAAAUGUGUUGCAGAGAGCACUGUUAACUAACGAAAGUGCUACUUUUCUCCAAAAGUUGACCGUCUUAAGAAUGUUUAAUAAAAUACAGUAUAGCUGCCCCAAAAUGAUAGAUCAGUUAGCUAAAGAGUCUCUCCAAGAUAGGGACAUAUUUAAAAAGUUCAGGAGGUCUAAUGAAACUGAAUUCAUUAAUGCUUGUGUCAUCGCUGAUCAUAAACCAAACGAUUGGGAAAAGUUCGAAGAAUUAUUAAAAAAUUAUAUCGCCGUUCAGGAUUACUCGAUAUAUAGUGCAACAUCUACUGCAUUUCGUUUGCUCUCCUUGGAUUCUUACCAACCAGAGUUAUUGGAAAAGGUUUUCAAAUUGUGCAACGAUCUAUCUAGUUUACCUAAGCCUAGUUUGUUAAAUAUAUCACGAUUAUAUUGGUGUGUCAAAGUCCUUUAUCCUGAUUAUAAAGGAGUGAUGCUAGAUGACGAUAAAGUGAAUGAGUUGAAUCAAUUUUUAUUAGAAAUGAACGACACUUGCAAUUUACCCAGUUUAAGGGAAAGCUUGGAAAAAGUUGCGGGUGGCGCAGAGUAUGUAAAGCAUGGUUUGAGAACGAAAUUCGGGGAAUUCGUUGAUGUCGUCAUCGUGCAAUCGGAUGGUUCUCUUAUGAAUAUUAGUAAUUGCGAAAAUAUUGCAUUUGCUGAAGAAUUGACAUCAUUCCCAGAUUGUAUCAAAAUUCUAUUCUUCACUUUACCGAAAAGUGCAUUUUCUAUCAAUGAAAAGAACGUGAUAUCUACAGUAAAAAUGUUAUUAAAGACAGUGGAAAUUUUGCCAGGCUUCUCGGCAUUUGUUAUAAACCCAUAUAGAUGGAAAACGUUUACUAGUAACGGCAAAAUAUCGCACCUCGAAGAAGUUAUCAAAUCAAAGAGGAAUAGUAUUUCGACUAAUUAAUUUAUCUGUAACAAAAUUGACUAUACUUCAUUAAAAUAUAAAAUGACAGACGAA